AUGGAGGAGUGCGCGCAGUGCGGGGAGCGCGCCGUGGAUUAUGAUGAGCAGGCGCUGGCGCUCGUCUGCGCGCGAUGCGGCCACGUGGCGGACGAAUCGCAGCUUACGUCGCGCGUGGAGUUCGACGAGCUCGGGCGGGCGGGCGGCGUGCGCGUUGGCGGCGGGGGAGGCGCGGGGGAUGGCGGAGAGCCUCGCUCGUGGAUGUGGACGGCGGGGGCAGGCGGGGGGCGAUUUGGCGGAGGGUGGGGGGAGGGGGCGGAGACGAAGUGGGGAGGCGGAGGAAAGUCGGCGGAGUUCAAGAGGCGGAAGAACAAGCGCGAGUGGGAGGAGCGGCUGGGCGCGGUGGUGGCGGGGCUGCGCGUGCCGGAGGGCGUGCGGGGGGACGCGCUGGGGGUGGCGGAGCGCGUGGUGGAGGGGCGCUGGGGCAGCGGGCAGUGGAUGGGCGUGCUCAUGGCGGCCGCUGUGUACAUUGCCGCGCGCAACAGGCGCCUUCCUGUGUCCAUGGGGGAAGUGGCGGUGAGUGCUGAGGGAGGGGGCAUUGGGGCAGGCGGGCAUGGGGGCGGUGGGGCAGCGGGCAGUGGAUGGCCGUGCUCUUGGCGGCCUCUGUCUACAUCGCUGCACCCGGAGCAGGUGGAUCCGGUCAGCCAUGUGUGGAGGGCCGUGCAUGCCGUGCCUGCUCUCAGGGAGUGGCAGGGCGAGGGGGGAAGGCAGGCGCUAGUGGGGGACGCCAUGAGGCUGCUCACCUUCGCGCACUCCCUCUCCCUCCACACCGGCCGCCAUGCCGCCCCGAUAGCAGCAGCGGCGCUGCUGCUGGUGGCGGGGGCGAGGGGGGUGGUACUGGGGGAGGGGGAGCUGUGCGCAGCCAUGGCAGUCCCGCCAGCUACAGUGAGGCAGCGCUUCUCAGAGCUCACGCGCGCCCUCAUGCGCCUCGCACGCUCGCUGCUGCUCCCGGGAGCCAACAGCGUGGCCUCCCAGGCAGCCUUCCACCGCCUGCUGCCCUCCAUCCUUGCGCUUUUGCCAUCGCCCUCUCGAGUGGGCCAUCGCUUCGUGGUGCCAUCUGCUGAUGUGGACAGGCGUGCUGACGUGGAGGAUCGAACUGCUGAUACAGAGAGGCGGCAAGGGCAAGGGAGGGGGAACGAGGAGGCUGUGGUGGACUGGCUACUUCUGCAACAGGCGGACCCACGUGCAACAGCGUCAGGAUGGUUCCGCUCUGCUGCUUCUACAGUCAUGGAUCGCCAUGUCUCUGCCUCCAACAAACAAGCUUAG